AUGAAAUUAGGAGUUUUUUCAUUAUUUAGUUUGUUGAUUUUAACAGUAUUGGCUGCUGAUCCAGCUGAUACAACUACUACUACCCCAGCUGCUGCGGCUGCUGCUCCUGCUGCAGCUGUACCACCAACAACCACUGCUGCCACGACUACUCCAGCAGCUGCCGUAGCUCCAGCAGCUGCAACCACUGCUGCCACGACUACUCCAGCUGCUGCUGGUGUUCCAGCAGCUGCUACAACUCCAACUACAACUCCAGCUGCAGCAGCAGUUCCAGCAGCUGCUACCACUCCAACAACUACACCAGCAGUUGCAGGUGCCGCUACAACCCCAACCACCACACCUGCAGCAGGUGCGGUUACAACUCCAACUACAGCAGCUGUUCCAGGUGCAGCAACAACAACACCAACUACUGGUACUGUUAUACCAACAACUACUUCCUUAGGAACUGGAACCACUACGGGAACUGGUACUGGAACGACCACUCCAGCAGUUCCAGGUGCUGUCACUACUCCAACCACCAUAGAUGCAGCUGAUAAUACAGCCACUAUGGAUGCAGCUCAAAUUCAACAAUGGCUCUUAACUCAUAUUACAAGUAGUAGUAGUAUUAGUCCAGUUCCAACUACUCCUUUAACCACUACUACCACCGGCACUCUUCCAUAUGUUAAUAAUGCUCCUCAAAAUAAUCCACCACCACCAUCAACCGUAUCAUUAAUUACCACUAUGGUCCAACCUUCAACUACAUCUACUCCCGCUGGAUCAGCAUCAAGUUCAUCUCCAGCUCAAAAGAAUAUGGCGGCAUCAUUCAAAUCAUCUCAAAAUUCAUCGUCCUUAUUAAUUAGUUUGGCAUUUGCAUUUAUAGGAUUAGGAUUCUAUAUUGGACUUUAA